AUGUGGCGACCGUCCACGUUCCUCGCCGCCGUUCUCGCGGUUCCAUCGCAGGCACUCCACUUCUUUAUCGACGGCGCAGUCCAGAAGUGCUUCUUCGAGGAGCUGCCGAAGGACACGCUGGUCGUUGGCCACUACGACGCCAAAGUCUGGGACGACGCCGCAAAGAAUUACAUCUCAAAACCCGAAGUGGGCGUCUUCAUCACCGUCGAGGAGACCUUCGAUAACAACCACCGCGUGGUAGCCCAGCGUGGCUCGGGCAAUGGCAAAUUCACCUUCAGCGCUGCUGACAGCGGCGAGCACCGACUAUGCGUGGUACCUCAGAAUGUGCAACAGGGUGGUGCGUGGUUUGGCAGUGGCAUCCACGCGAGCGUGAAGUUCACGCUGGAUCUGGCAAUUGGAGAGACGAGCAAGAUUGAGAGCACGGACAAGACCAAGCUUGAUGAUUUGUCGCAGAAGGUCAGGGACUUGAACAGCAGGCUGCAGGACGUGAGGAGGGAGCAAGUGUUUCAGCGAGAGCGUGAAGCCGAAUUCCGCGACCAAUCCGAGCACACCAACGCCCGUGUCGUUCGAUGGACGCUCAUCCAGCUUGCCGUCCUUGGUAUCACCUGCGCAUGGCAGCUGUCGCAUCUGCGCGCUUUCUUCAUCAAGCAGAAGCUUACAUAA